UCUACCACCACUCCUACCACAACUACUAGUAACCCUCUACCACUUACCACCAUCAACACUUCUACUAUACGUAAUUUACAUAGCAAUACAACCACCACAACUAUGGGUGCUAUUCCCGUGUCAACCACAGCAACCAAAAUCACCAACAUCACCAACUUCCUAUCUCCUACUCUCUGUGGUGUGAGUGGGCGUAUCGUGGGCGGCGCGGAGGUUGGUAUGGGCGUGUGGCCAUGGGUAGUGUCGAUCUUGAGCAGUAACGGUGUGCCCUUCUGUGCCGGGAGCCUUGUAUCUCACCGCCAUGUUCUCACCGCUGCUCACUGUAUCACUGGAGAAAACCAGACAAUGAGAUUCCCGUUGUGGGUGGCCGUGGGAGAACACCGCAACCACAAUCUCCAUCAGAACCGCACCCGCACCGUAGGAGUCACCCACGCCCUCUACCACGCCAACUUCAGUACUCACGCCAAGUUCGACAGUGACAUAAGCGUGCUGGUUCUAACUAAACAAUUUGACCCCGAGUUGAGAAUCAUACCAGCUUGUCUUCCUAACCCGGGAUACACUGUGGCAGGGUCAGUAGCUAAGGUGCUCGGCUGGGGCGCCACUAAGGAGAGUGGAUCCAUCAGUCAGGUCCUACAGGAGGUCGAGAUACCCAUCCUACCCCCUCAGCCCUGUAAGAAGUCCUACCCUAUCACCUACCUGGAGGAGAAGAUGAUAUGUGCUGGUCACCUGAAGGGGGGUGUCGACGCCUGCCAGGGUGACUCUGGCGGGCCCCUGACUCACCAGCAGCAUCCUGACGCGCCCUGGACGGUGGUGGGCGUGGUGAGUUUCGGGCGUGGGUGUGGGCGGCCUGCUUCCCCGGGCGUGUACACCAAGAUCACCACUUUCCUCCCAUGGCUGACUGAAGUGAUGACUCUCUAUCCCUAA